CGUAAUACAACAGAGCAAUGACCCAUGAUGCGUUUGAGAAACAUGAAUGUGGAGGAAGUGGACCAAGACUGUAGAGGACUAACCCUCUUUUUGUUGCUCAAUAACAGACACUGGUUAUCAGUUUACAACUUUAAAAAGAGAGGCAGUGUGAGUGACUCUAGGUUUAUUAUUCAAGGUGUGAGUUUACUCUGAGCUCAGUUUUCUUGCACAAGCUCGGGUGGGGAAAAAUACGCACAGCCACCGAGGCGUUUACGCACAGCCGUGGGUAGCAAAACACAUUUAACGCAUGAGAUAAUUAUCUCCUAGCACCGGCAGCCACCAGAGAAUAACUAUGUGCUCGGUAAUAAGCAGAGUGAAACCAGUCCAACGGGCUCUGGCUCUCACGCUACGCCUCGGAGCAAGCACCGAGCGUUCGAGCUACGCUGCAGCCGAGAGAAGGCGCUUCUGUCCCGGCGUAACUGCUCGCGUCGACCCGCUACUAGCUCCCUGCAGAUCGUACUGCUCCAGGAUGGCGCUGACCGAAGGACUGCUCUUCAGACAACUUUUUGAGAAGGAGAGCAGCACGUACACCUACCUGUUGGCAGACACAGAGACUAAGGAGGCGAUCCUCGUCGAUCCUGUACUGGAGACCAUUGACAGGGAUCUGAAGCUCAUUCAUGAACUGGGGGUCAAUCUUAAAGUGGCAGUAAACACCCACUGCCAUGCGGACCACAUCACAAGCACUGGGCUGAUGAAGAAAAGGUUGGUUGGGUUGAAGAGUGCAAUCUCCAAAUACAGCGGCGCUACUGCAGAUAUCCUCCUGUCAGAGGGGGACAAGAUCACCUUUGGAAAACACUAUCUAACAGUGAGAGAGACACCGGGACACACUGACGGGUGUGUAACGCUGGUGUCAUGGGAUCAGAGCAUGGCUUUCACUGGGGAUGCUCUGCUCAUCAGAGGUUGCGGCAGGACAGACUUCCAGCAGGGUUCUCCUGAGAAGCUGUAUGAGUCAGUCCACCAGAAGAUCUUUACUCUGCCUGACCAGUGCCUCGUCUACCCUGCACAUGACUACCUAGGUCAGACGGCGUCUACAGUCGGUGAGGAGCGGAAGUUUAACCCACGCUUGACCAAGAGUCUGGUGGAGUUUGCGAACAUCAUGAACAACCUAAAUCUCCCAAAGCCUAAGAAAAUAGAUAUUUCAGUGCCUGCUAAUCUGGUUUGUGGAGUACAUGAAGUCUGAAUGUUCUGCAAAAAGGGAGAAUUUUAAUCAAAGCAAUCACAUUGUAGCAAAGUGAUUAACAUGUCUAUGUUUGUCUCUGAGCAGCAUUAACCAAAAACUGCUUGGCAUGAAGUGCUUUAUUAUGUGUAUUUCUGUCAAUGUAAAGAUGUAUAUAUGAGAAUUUCUAGCUACUGACAUUAUUGACUGAUCAUGCAAGAAAUAGAAAUGCACUCGGUUUUAUUCUACUUGCUAUUAGAAAUGACUACUAAAGAUUUGUACAUGAGGAAAAAAACAUAAUAUUUUUUGUAUUUUGAUUAAAUUUAAAUAUGAGUAUUCUUUAUUUAGCUGUUUUAUUAUGAACUGGGGAGGAAAUUUACGAGAGAGAGAGAGCGCUCAGAUAGGAAUGUUCCAUUCAAGGUUUGGUUUAGUAUUCAUGAAUGUUUGACUGGGACAAUUGAGUUCUUCCACAUGGCCUUUCCAGUUAUUCCGGACUUCUUUAGCCGAGCACACACACACACACACACACACUGCUGCCAGCCACAGUCUUUUUGCAUAGCAGGAAGAUGAAACUAUGCUAUUUGCAUUCAGAAUCAUUAAGGGCCAAGUUUCCAUGGACAACAUGUCAUUGGCGUGCGUUCGUGCUCUCAUCUGUCCCUCUAGACGUCUAUUAGACAGGGGUGUACAUUGAAAUGUGUGUCAUUAUGUUCAGUAAGGUAUGAAGAGGAGCAUCCAUGCCAAGUAUCGACGCACUGAAGUCCGCUUCUGGAUUUCCAGAUGUUCUGUACGUGCUGCUCGUAACAGCUCACAAGCCAGUUAGACAGGUUUGUUUGGGAGUGACGGCGUCUGACUCAGCCACAUGCCCUUGCCAAAGAGACUUACAAAUGAUUGUCAUCUGUAUGAUAACUAACUUUUAAGGGUCAGAAUAUUUCUAUUGAGCUGUAUUGCUCCUCAGAUUGUCAUUUUUGUUAGGAUUAAAGUACUCCUCUGAUUGUGCGCAG